AAUUGUACGUUUUUUACGAUACGAAAAACGUUAAUUAUAUAUUAAUUGAUGUUUUGCGUUUGUACUACAUAUUCCGUGGUUAAAUUUGAAUCUAGAAUAUCAUUAAUAUUUCAAUAUUGAGUCGACUGCAUGUGAUAUUUGUUACUCAGAAAAAUUUGAAAAUAAACAAUAAACAUGUGAGAACAAUCAUUUUUCACGACGAGUACGGAUCUGUUACCCAAUUGCAGAGCGUUGACGAGAGCAGCUGUAAACAAAAUAUGUAUGAACUUUAUUGCUGCAUUGAAUAAGUGCCAUUAUUUGUGUAUUAAACGCUUUCCAUGCGUCUGCCACGAAUAAUCCUUCUCUGGGAAAUAACAUGCGUACAUAUUCCAACUCCAAAAUUCAUCCUGUUCCUUAGUUGACGUUCAGCUGUUUUUCGGGGAGAGUGCUACUUGGUUUUAUUAACUGUUCUAAGUGGGACUUUCAAAAGACAGAUAAAGGAAAAGUGAUAUUUUGAUUUAGAAUAAAAUGGAUCCCGAUACAUCUGAAGAAAGUCCACAGGCAUCGAGUAAUAUAGUUUUCGAGGCAGCAACACAAACUCCCACAAAUGAACUAUGCGACUCGCCUCUUUUUACACAGAAAGGUUAUUGCUUGAAAACAUCAGGACAUAGUGUCCAAGCCCUUACGAAUAUACAUAAAAUGAAGCAGCACGGUCAACUUUGUGAUAUUACAUUAAAAAUAGGAUUAGAAAAAUUUAGAGCCCAUAAGGUCGUUCUAGCAUCAGUUAGUCCAUAUUUUUAUGCAAUGUUUAAUGUAGAUAUGAAAGAACAUCUUCUAUCAGAAAUUGAGAUCCACGAUUUGGACUCAACAGCAAUUUCUCUCCUGAUAGAAUACGCUUAUACGGGCCAGAUAACUGUAACACCAGAUAAUGUUCAAGUAUUGUUGCCAGCAAGCAGCUUACUUCAAAUGCAAGAAGUCAGAGAAGCAUGUUGCAGAUUUUUACUACGACAGUUGCAUCCCACAAAUUGUUUAGGAAUCAGAAGUUUUGCAGAUACACAUUCUUGUAAGGAACUACAUUUAAAAUCGCAUGUAUAUGCGUUACAGAAUUUUCAGCAGGUAGUUGGUACAGAAGAAUUUCUGCUGCUUCCAUUCGAAGAGGUUAACGAAUUAAUUUCUAAUAGUCAACUGAAUAUCUCUUCCGAAGAGAAUGUUUUCACUGCUGUUUUAAAUUGGGUGAAGCAUGAUCUGGCAGAGAGGAGUAAAUAUAUAUCCAGGUUAAUGCAGCACGUGAGAUUACCAUUGGUGAAUAGGGAAUUUCUUAUGACUAGAGUGGACAACGAAAAAUUGAUAAGAGACAACAACGACUGUAGAGAACUACUUUUAGAAGCUAUGAGAUAUCAUCUAGCGCCGGAACGAAGGUGUGUUCUAUCUAGCUCUAGAACUUUGGAAAGAAAACCUAACGGGGCUCAACCAUAUCUCUUUGCAAUAGGUGGAGGAUCAUUAUUCGCAAUACAUUCUGAAUGUGAAGUUUAUAAUCCAAAAUCUGAUUCUUGGUCAACAAUAGCUCCGAUGCAAUGGCGACGAUCUAGAUCAGGUGUAACUGGUUUAAGACGACUACUUUACGUUGUCGGAGGAUACGACGGGGCAUCAGAUAUGGCAACAGCAGAAUGUUACAAUCCCUUAAGUAAUAGUUGGUCUCCAAUUACUCCAAUGGGAACAAAGCGAUCCUGUUUAGGAAUUUGUUCAUUAGAUGGUCUAAUUUACGUUUGCGGUGGUUACGACGGUGCUUCUUGUCUCAGUUCAAUGGAAAGGUUCGAUUCUUUAACAGGAAUAUGGUGUAGUUGUCCCGCUAUGAAUACAAGAAGACGCUACUGUCGAAUAGCCGUUGUUGAAAACUGCAUUUAUGCAUUAGGUGGAUUUGAUUCGACUAACUAUCAAGCAUCUGUCGAGAAAUUUGAUCCAAGAGAAGGUACUUGGCAGUCCGUACCCUCUAUGACUUCAAGAAGAAGUAGUUGCGGCGUAGCUGCUUUGAAUGGUCAGUUGUAUUGUAUUGGAGGAAAUGAUGGUACGAUGUGUAUGGCAAGCGGUGAACGUUUUAAUUUGAGAAGGAAUGCCUGGGAACCCAUCACUUCUAUGAAUAGUCGAAGAUCUACUCAUGAAGUGGUUGCUAUAGAUGGUUUCAUAUACGCUCUAGGAGGCAACGACGGUUCUUCCAGUCUUAAUGCAGUAGAACAAUAUGAUCCUAGGACAAAUAAAUGGACGAUUAUGUCACCAAUGAGCAUCAGAAGAAGUUCUGUAGGCGCUGCAGUUCUAGAAUGCAUAGACAUCGAGCAUGUAUUAAAGCAAACUAGAAAUAGUUGACAUAGAUUAACGAUGUAAGAAAUUAGUUAAAUCAUUAUUUGGCAUUGAAAAUGAAGAUAUUCAACGAAAUUUCAAUAAUGUUUUGAGAUUCUUUUACGAAUUUAUAUAUGAGAAAUUCUAAUUCUAGGAUUAUAACAAUGAGAAUCAAUUGAAUUGAAUGCUCAAUAAUUAUGAAAAAUAACCGAAUUUCGAAAUUACUUAAGCUACGACUUAUUUUGAAAAUUUCAGGUGCGUUCUUUUUAAUUUUGUUUUUGUUUCUUACUAUUGUUUUGUGGUUCUUGUCAUUCUUUAAAGUAUAUGUUACAGCUUCGUUUUGUUAAUGCUUUCCUAUUUUAUUGGAUAAUUGAUGUGAAGUGAAUCUUUCAAAUCGUCUCAUUUCUUCAUAGGCGGACAGUGGAUAUUUUAAUAAUAAUAAGCGCAAAUUUUCGAAUUUAACGAAGAACAUUCCAAAGAUAAGAAAAAACAAUCAUUCCCAUUUAACAGGAAAAGAUCAAGUUGCGUAUUGCUGGAUUUGGUGCAAAGUAUGCCCUGUAUAUGUACAUUCGGUGCUAUUGGCACUAGAAAUUAUUCUAAAUAUAUUCUAUUAUAUUCUAAAUGCUUUUUAUCUCUAUAUAUUCUGGAAACAUCUUCGAAAACGGUACUGAGAAUAUUUAGAGAAAAAAUAAUCAGACAGUAGGACACGCCUUCUAUUGAAAUACCGAAAAAAUUUGCCUCAAAAUUAAGUAUUAAAAGUACGAAACCUCAUAUGAAAUAGAGCACGAAUAUUUUUAGCAUCCCUUACCCUGAAUUUUCUGGAAGAAGCAGGAUUAAUAGAUCAGCUAUAAACACUGAACAUCCCCAAUGCAACAUCAAAAAGGAGCAUAAUAAAUCCGUUGGGUCUCAGUGUAUAUGAUAGCUUGAGUUUUAUAUACUAUUAUAGAGGUCUGGAGACGUUGAGGCAACAAAGAAAUGGUGGCUCUCCCCCUCACUACCAAAGAAUUUUCCAAAUAAACUGAACAAUUCUCUUUUUAUUUUCAUUCAAGCAAAAUUUAUUGUGAAAUAACGUUUAUUUUCUUAGAUUUUAACAAAAAUAUAUAAAUAGAAUAUGAAACGAGAAUUAUUUUAAAUUUUAGUGGUAACGAACGGAAGCUGUUUUCACCAAUAAAUCGAUAAAUUAAGAUACUUUUUCACGUUUCAAGUAUCAAUUAUGAGGUUUCUUUUUUGUGGAAAUCCCGAUGCUAUAGCCUCGGUUACUCUCCCUUAAAUUCGGCCCAGAGUUUACGUUUGACCUUGAAUAGAGUCGGUGAAAAUUCAAUAAAACAGUUAAUUGAUAUACCUCACAUUGAUUCUUGUUUUCUUUCUACUCUUUUAUACGUUUUUAGUGUCGUUCCGUUAACUUUCUUAUUAAAAAAGAAACAAGAUGUGAUGGCUGGUAUCAAACUAAUUUGAUCGUUACUUUAUUUUACAACAUAAAUUUAUCACAAAAAAUAGAAAGUAAAUCUUUUCAAUUGUAAUCUAUCUAAAAAUAAAUAAAAUUAACAAAUAAAAUGAGCAAACCUAAGGUUUUCAACUUUUAUGGAGCAUUGUUUUAUUGGUUGAUUCUCAUUAGAUUAUAAUACAAAUUUUUGUUCUAGGGACAGUUUUUAUAAUAUACAUUUCACAACAUUUCUAUCGCUGUUGAGACUACGAAAAAUUUGGACAAAAAUAUAUGAAAUAGACUUGAAAA